AUGCUCUCUUCUGAGACUCUGGUACUCUGCCACAAAUGCACUUCCCACAUUCUAACGACGCCUCCCCCAGAGCCUUCACCGAUAACACCUUUACUAACGAGCAACAAUGUUCCAGAACCGCACGAGGUUGCGAUCGUCCUUGAAGUUAUCAGGUCCUGCUCAACAGUUGUGGCACAAAUCGACGAACUCAUGGCCCAAGUAGCUCGGGUUCUCGGUAUUCUUCAAGCCCAGCGUUCAGAAUACGAGGAACACAUUGAGAAGCACGAGAAGGUCCUAUCAAAAGUCCGCGUCCUUCCAAUUGGCGUUUUGUCGGAGAUUUUCUUACGCACGUUGCCGCAAGGCGAGGACCAGGACAGCAUGAUGAAAUUCAACACACUUGAUCAGGACUUCGUUCCCUGGACGUUGACGAGAGUCUGUCGUUCUUGGCGUGCAGCUGCGUUGCUGACUCCGGCAUUAUGGACACGACUACCAUAUUUUCAAUUUGGUCCUGGAUCUCUUGUAGAGAGCCAACCUGAGGCUCUCGCACUUCUACGCCGAUCUUUGGAUAUAUCCCCGUCGAUUCCCUUCUCCGUAAACCUCGGGCUCGACCCAAUGUUCCCUGCGCACCUCUCCAACCCCCAGUUCACCCACCUCCUUUUCCCCCACUCCAAUCGCUUCGAGCAUAUGACCGUCCACGGCCAUCAUAGAGACAUAAGUCAGCGACUCUCUCAGAUACAGGGAAAUUUGAAGUCGCUGAGGUCGCUUUCGCUGUAUCUUAUUGGUAGCACCAUCAAUCUCACGGACCCAUCCUUGCCCGUCACUACCUUUGUCGACGCACCGCGAUUGCAGGAUUUGCACCUCUCCUUCUCCCCAACGCAACAGCUAGUGCACUUGCAGAGCUAUGUAGCUCUACCUUGGACUCAGCUGUGUCAUGCAUCGAUUGGAAGGAUCGCCGUCGGCGGUUUGGCCACUCUGCUUAGUUCGGCUCCUGCCCUGCAGGAAUGUGUAAUUGAUGAGCUCGUUCAAGAGGCAUCCUCAGUGCCGUCAUUUACCAGCGCAGCCCUAAGGAGGCUACGUAUCCGGAUCCAUAGCUCUUCCGAUGCCCUGAACCUCUUCUUUUCCCAUACGACCCUCCCUUCUCUCCAGAAACUCUCCCUCACCGUACUGUGCCUGGACAUUGUGCCCCUCGUCACCUUUGUUUCACGAAGCUCAUGCCCUUUGACGCUCCUAUAUGUCACCUUCGUCAGAUGCAACGGACAUCUGGCAAGACUUUUCGGUGCUCUCCCAUCCCUAACUGACCUGGGUAUGUCAUACCGAUACGAUUUACUCGAAGAUAUACUCCGCAAGGAUGAGAGCGGUGUGGCGGUGCUACCCCGACUGCGCCAUCUCCUGCUACGCUUCCCUCGAACCCGAGACAUAUGGACGCCCUCUGGCAUGCACCCGGGGGCAGGUCCCACUUGUCUCAGUGAAGAUUACCAACGCCUGGUUUAUGAGCUCGAAAGAGCAGAUCUGGCGUCCCUCGACACGCUGACUCUCGAUCGCCUUUCCCUCAAACAUCAGGACGCGUUUUUCCUUGCGCUUGAUAGAUGGUCAGACGUCCAGCGGAAUGUGUAUGAUCGUCUUCUGUCCGAUUGGAAUGACAGCCUCCGUCAGAUCAUCCAUCCUGAAACUACAAUAAUUGAGAGCCUCAAACUGGAUAAGAUACUAUCAGAAAUUGAAUCGCAUCCCGAAAUUUCUGCACGAUACAUCCAUGGAAACCCCAUCCUGAAGCAGCUCCCUCAAGAUCUCGCCCUUUUGCCUGCCGACCAAGAAUCCCUUCGCCUGCGCGGUGACUCAAUUUUUGCUCGAUGGUGGACGUCGUUGGAUGAGUACCUGAACGCAGUUGGGUGGAGAUUCUCCAAGGAGACGAGAACCUUGGUAUAUGGGCGAAGGCGAGGGUCACUCACCGUGAAAGGUCUUGUUCAGUCCCAUGACCCGUUCGCUUCGUUCAAGGAAGAAAAUGGCUUUGUUAUGCUUCCAGCUUCGUCAUGGUAA